CUCUGGCACGUGGCCUUAUCGAUAUCCAAAUAGUAUCUAAUAUUCUAAUAUAUUUUUCCAAUAAAUUUUAUUUCUAUUAAAGUAUUGUCAAAACACGUUCAAAUAAAAUUAUUUAAAUAACAAAAUAUUUAAUAACGAGUUUGUGGUGUAUUAAUUGUUUAUUGAAUCACGAAUUUAAAGAUGGAUAAAGGUUACACGUUCGUUAAGAAACACAAGAUUGUGUAUGAGUGGAACAUAAAAAAAAUAAGUUCUCAUUUAAAAAAGAUAGAAGGUGAUUCUACUACUUUAAAGUCAUCAGAGUUUUCCACAGGAGCUAAAAUUAACGACAAGUGGCGUCUUGAAUUACAUUUGAAUAAUGGUACCAGCCCUGUAUUUUCUGAAAAAUGUAUAUCACUAUUUUUGCAUAAUUUGAAUGACUACUCUGUACCAGCUGUAGUGGAAUUUGCUAUAUUCGAUCAUGAACAAAGCGUUGUCUAUGAAAAUGGCUUCAAGAGAAUAUUCAAGAUAAAAGAAAAGUUGGGUUCUAGGAAAUUAAUGAGCAAACACUUAUUGAAGAUCGAGCCUUCACUGAUACCUGAUGAUAUUUUAACGAUACAUACCACAGUUAUUGUUUAUGAUAACGUGUCUAGGAUUCCGUUGAAAAGUUCAUUGAACCCUUCAGAAGGUCCAAUGGUGGAUGAUUAUAGGAAACUAUACAAAAAUAAAAAAAACACUGAUGUUACUAUUGUCGUUGGGAAUAAGGAGUUCCAAGCGCAUAAACAAAUUAUCAUGGCGCGAAGUCCAGUGUUGAAAAGCAUGAUAACUCAUGCGUUAAAGGAAGGACUUUACUCUAAGGUAAACAUAGAAGACAUCAGUCCAGAAAUUUUUAAACAAGUCCUUGAGUACAUUUAUACGGAUGAAGUUAUAAAUCUCGAUGACGAUGCUUUCAAUUUGCUGGAGGCCGCCAGAAAGUAUCAACUCUUGUCGCUCGAAAAAUUUUGUGAACACUCACUCUGUACAACUUUGAGAUAUGGCAAUGUUGUAAAACGACUGAUACUCGCUGAUCGUCAUAAAGCUAAACAAUUGUUGGAUUACGUUACUGAGUGUAUUAUGGUUGAUGCAUCAAAUGUUAUUGAAAGAAAAGAUUUCAAAAUGCUUGAAAAGUCAUCUUUAGGAUUUCUGAUGUUCCAAGAAAUAGCAUCAUGUUUAAAUAUUAACAAUUCUACAAUUAGUUAUUCAUCUUAGUGCAAGCGGAAAAGAAAAUUAAAAUAGUUUACACUUUCACAACUUAGGAAGAAUAUUUUUACACAUUAAUUAUUAUCAAUAAUACUUUAUAUAUUUGUCGUUUUCUCACAAAAAUUUUGUAAUAAAUAUUAGUUUAUCAUUUAUAAUAACUAUUUUCAAAGUAUACCGAUUUAUAUAAGUAAAAAAAAAACAAUAAUGAAAGCUCAAGAGUAUAUACGCUGAUGAGAAUUCCUCAAGAUAAUUUCUUCAUCACGGAAACAUCUCCAUGGGCAUUUGAACCUCCGUUUAUGGCUGCUUGUAAAGAGUGUCGAAAAAAAAAAAAAAAAAAAUAUUAUUUUUUUUGUUUUUUGGUUAUGAGUUCAUUAUUUAAUACUAAUAAAUUAGUCAAUAAAAAUCGUUCAAAAAUAAAUUAUUUUUAAAUAAAUUUUUUUUCAACAUCGCUUAUAUCUUUCAAAUUUGCCGCUAAACUGGUUCGCUGCCAGCAGUG